UCAUACUGUACAAUCAUUGCAUCCAUGUUGCCUUUACCAAUCAAAGUGGCAGGGUCAGACUGUCGAACUGACAUUGUGGCUUUUAAGCAUUUGGAGUGUCAGUUCGUCUGUAACAGCUGAAAUGUUGAAACAUGAUGGUCUACUUCCUCCCAGACAGCGCGUCAGGGACACAUCCGAACCAACUGGUUUUGGUUUGUUGUCUUUUGAGCAUGACGGACGCAAGAUCGGCUUUACCAGAGCAGGACAUUCAAAAGAAAAUAGAGGAAACAAGAAAACGAUUCCGUAUCGAAUAUGCACAAGACUCAUCAGACAAGUAUGACCCCAGGGAUGUGGACAGGUUAUGGAAGGAUGAUGUUUUGGUUGACGGUUAUCUGGAGUGGCGCCACUUUGUGGUGGAGGACACCUUGAAGAUGAUCGAUGAGAGUCUUAAGUGGAGAAAAGAAUUCAAACUGAAUGACAUCAAUGAAAGCUCUGUGCAAAAGUCUCUAUUUGAGUCUGGCAUGCAUUAUCUCCAUGGCUAUGAUAAAGAGGGCAACAAACUGUUCUGGUUCAGGGUUAAGCUUCACAUGAGGGAUGUGAAGAUGUUGACGGAGAAGAAAAGGUACGUGGCAUUCUGGUUGGAGAGCUACACCCGGCGGGAACCAGGGAUUCCCCUCACCGUGAUCUUUGACAUGUCCGAAGCGGGUCUAAGCUGCGUUGACAUGGAUUUGAUCAAAUAUAUAAUCAAUUGCUUCCAAGUGUAUUACCCUAGAUUGCUUUCCAAAAUGCUCAUGUACGAGAUGCCAUGGAUCAUGAAUGCGGCAUGGAAGAUGGUGAAGAACAUGCUCAGUCAAGACGCCAUCGACAAGCUGAAGUUUGUGUCCAAGAGUGACAUCCAGAACUAUGUUGAUAGGGAGAACCUCCCGUCCUACAUGGGAGGAACUGACCCAUUCAAAUUCAGUUACCCACCGUUGCCUGAUGACAUCUUCCAGAACCCCAUAUCAGAGACUGGACAAGAGGAUGACACUGAUUUAAAGGAUGAUGACCUGGAGGCCAAGGACACCCUGGAGCCGAGCUCUCCUACACUCAGAACCAGAAAUGUAUACUUGGCACAUGAUGGGGACAAUGAGGGCUCCAUCAGAUGGAAAGGAUCCCGUAGGCCAACCGUCACUUUCAAAGGCACCUUACUCUAUAUCAGUCCUGAUGAUGAGUUGUGCUUUGGCCACAGAGAGUGUGAGAAGAGAUGUCUGAUCAUGCUUAAUAAUGUCACCAAAAACCAAGUGGCCUUCAAGGUGCGGACCACAGCCCCAGAGAAGUACAGGGUGAAGCCCAGCAAUAGCAGCUGUGGGGCGGGCAAGAGUAUGGAAAUCACUGUGUCCCUGCAUGGAGGGUCUCUGUGCUCUCCUCAGGACCGCUUCUUAAUCAUGGCUGCUGAGAUGGAGCCAUGUAGCGGUGGGGGGAGCACAGACCUCGCCCACUUCUGGAAGGGUGUCCCAAAGGCUAAAAUAAUGGAGCACAGGCUGCGGUGUCGAAUGCUAGAGGGCAUCAAGUUGGCACUCAGCCCUGUGACUGACAGGUCUCACAAAAUGGAGACCAAUGGCUACCAAGACAUGCACACCACGCUCCUUCAGUUGAUGGCCAGCAGCUCCAGGCUGGAACAGAAGAUGGACCACUGCCUGUGGUGGCAGAAGCUCUUGACUGUACUGGUGACUGCACUGAUGGCCUUGGGCUUCUCUUCCCUCUACACUGGGGAGUGGCCAUUUUGAAACUUUGCCACGGUGGAGGAAAAAGACAAGGACCAGUCACAGUGGAGUCAGGAUGAAAGUCGAUUUCUGAUUGGAGCAGAAAUAUUAGGAACUGCUCGCAAUCCACUCUAUGACCUUUGGACACUAAAUAUAAUUAUAUUUCCACACUGAAUAUAAUUAUAUUUUCACACUAUCAGGUUGGAAUAAUACUGUGAAAUUAUGAAAGUAAUUAUAAUGCCCUUUUAGUGUAAGAGCUGUUUGAGUGAGUGAUGGAUCGAAGGGAUCUAGCUUUUGUCAAGUUAACGUCAGACUUGACUUUUCGUAGCAGGUUAGGAGAAUUUGGUUAAGGUUGGCAACUUUUUACAUUAAUUUAACAAAAACUGGAGCCCUUCUCGCCAUGAACGUUUUGAUGGUAUGGAGUUUUGGUCUGCCUGGUGACAUCCCCAGGCGGUAAAUUAUUUAAUAGACCAAUAAGAAAGAGGUUUGCAAACCUCUCUGCCAAUAACAGCUAGUUUUCAGUUUCCCCGUACCCACUCAGACCACUCCCAGGCAGUCCUAGCAAAAUUAUUGCUUGAGAAAUUUCACUUUGCUAAAAAGCUAUUUUUGUUUCUUUUUUGACCAUGUUUUCAAUUAAAAUCACAGUAAGGUACUUAAUUUUUACCCAGAAAAAUGAUUUGAUAUUGAGAUAAAAACAGCUGCAUUGGACCUAUUUUCUGAAUUAUGUCUAACUUGAACUAUUUACUAUGGGUUUAUAUGAAUGGAAUACCACAAAUAUAAUUUUAUAGGCAACAUGUCAUCUUGGUGUUUAUACAGUGUAAUUUACAUUAUUUGUUACAUUGUAAAAGGUCCUGUAGCAUUUUCCCUUGAUUAAUCUGCAGAAGCAGCCAAAUACCUACAUACACUCUGAUAUAAACACAUUUAUUGAUUUGAUUAAAAGAUAAUGACACUCA